UAUUUGAUAAGAUAUUGAAGUAGAAAGAGCAGUUGACACUAUAUCCUCAGGUGGGCCUUCCCUUGUAAUGUAGGCUUCAGGCGUCACUAGCUUAGCUACUCAAUCAAUCACAGCACCACCAUUGCAUGCCCAUAUUGUGUGUGACAUACUGUAGGUUUCUUGGACCAUAAUUUAGGAGUUCCCCCACUUGUACUACCCCAUGUGUUUGAGUGAAGGCCUAUACCUCAAAAGCCUAGCUUCGGUGUUAUUGGGGGCAUACUUCAGGCGAAAACCGGAGACGAGCUUGGACGUUUGGACAUGUGCUGGAGCCGAAUACCUUUGCACGUGAUAUUUGUUUCAUGAUCGAGAUGAACAACCAAUCAUGCUAUCAGCUCAUAGAUCAGUCACCCUUAGUCUACAAGAAUUCCACGUAGGACUGUGAGAAUGUUCUCAUGCAUAAAGGAGGAGAUUGCAGCUUGUGAUGAUGGAUCAUCAUUUCCGACCACGUGAUCGGCCUUAACCUCGGUCCAAAUGCGGGCGUUGAAUGCGGACCCUCAAGUCCAUACCGUUCACAAGCCAACAGUAACCGUGGACCUCGAGAUGCUUUCUCCUCACCUCCAAUCUAAACGACUCUUUGUCCUCGAACCGUUUCUACAUCCCAUUGGAAGCCACUCCCGAUAUCCGUGAUUUACGUUGUCCUCCCCAGGAAUCUCCCCACAACCACCCCCGCUCACCUCCGCAAUUCCAAGCUUCACAUUUGACACGUGAAGGUCGCGUCGACAUGUCGGAACCAACGUCAAAGAGCGCGCAAGAGAAAAUUCUCGAGAGUACUUCGGCAGUGCCUAAUAGUACUGCUGCUCAACAAAGCGACAAUGUCGCGCAUGCGCUUGCUGGCGCAGGUGGAGGCUUACUCUCGAUGGCUUUGACUUAUCCACUCAUCACGCUUUCCACACGAGCCCAAGUCGAGUCGAAACGUGCUCAAUCGUCUACCCUCAACGCCGCCCGUAGCAUAAUCAGACGAGAAGGUGUCGCGGGCCUAUACGCUGGUCUUGAGUCUGCGUUAUUUGGGAUCAGCGUCACCAAUUUCGUAUACUACUAUUGGUAUGAGUGGACCCGCGCGUUCUUCGAGAAAGCUGCGCUCAAAGCUGGUCGCGCAUCCUCGAAACUCACGACGGUCGAAUCGAUGAUGGCAGGCGCUCUAGCCGGCAGUGCAACCGUUCUUAUCACCAACCCCAUCUGGGUUGUCAACACACGCAUGACAGCGCGCAAGUCGGAAUCGGAAGAGCAGGUCCUCCCUGGAUCCAAGCCCGCAAAGGCACCCUCUACACUUGGCACCUUGCUCACACUGCUCCGUGAAGAGGGUCCCGCACGUCUAUUUGCGGGUGUCAUGCCAGCGUUGGUGCUUGUCAUCAACCCAAUUUUGCAAUACACCGUGUUUGAGCAGUUGAAAAACAUGCUCGAGAAGAAGCGCCGCGUGACGCCAACGGAUGCUUUUUACCUCGGUGCUUUGGGCAAGUUGCUCGCCACGAGCAUCACCUACCCUUACAUCACGGUGAAGAGCAGGAUGCAUGUUGCGGGCAAGAACGGGCCAAAGGAAAGCAUGCUCACAACUUUCCGAAAUAUCAUCGACGAGCAGGGCUAUUCCGGCCUUUACGGAGGUAUCGGCCCCAAAGUCACUCAAAGUGUCAUUACCGCUGCGUUCUUGUUUGCGUUCAAAGACGCCUUGUAUGCUUACACUGUUCAAGCACGCAAGAAGCUUGCCCUUCGCAGCCUUGCCAAGUAA